CCUCCCCCUGAAGUGGAUGUGAAGAAGAGCUCUCUCCGGUUUGUCUGACAUACAGGAAGAAGUUGAAUAAGUCUAAAAAACACAGCGCUUUCUUCUCUCUUUUUUUUGUUUAGACAAAAAGGCACCACCAGUCUUUUUUUGUUUUGCACUUUUUUUUUCCUGAAUCGACUUGCUGAAAUGUAGAGCUGGAAGAAUGAAGGUGGAUCAUGAGGACUGCUGCUAAACUGGAGGCGCUGUAACGUGUGGAUCACUUCACACGAAGAGAAAGCACCAUUCGCGUAUUUAAAUGGGAAACCAGGACACAUCUGUACCGCACAGAGAGUGAAAAUGUCAGAGCACAGAUCUAGUUUUCUUCACAUUGGAGACAUUGUGUCUCUUUACGCGGAAGGCUCGGUGAAUGGCUUCAUCAGUACUUUGGGGCUUGUCGAUGACAGGUGUGUGGUCCAGCCUGAUGCUGGAGACCUGGCCAACCCUCCCAAAAAGUUUAGAGAUUGCCUCUUCAAGGUGUGUCCCAUGAACAGAUACUCGGCCCAGAAGCAGUUCUGGAAGGCAAAACAAGGAAAACAAGGAAACAACAAUACACAAGGAGACCUGUUUAAGAAGUUACAGCAUGCAGCAGAACUGGAGCAGAAGCAGAAUGAGUCAGAGAACAAGAAGCUCCUUGGAGAAAUUGUCAAAUACAGUAAUGUCAUUCAGCUACUGCACAUUAAGAGUAAUAAGUACCUGACGGUGAACAAACGUCUCCCUGCUCUGCUUGAGAAGAACGCCAUGCGGGUUUCUUUGGACCCGGCCGGGAACGAGGGCUCCUGGUUCUACAUUCAGCCCUUCUGGAAGCUCCGCAGCGAAGGAGAUAAUGUGGUGGUUGGCGACAAGGUGGUGCUGAUGCCAGUAAACGCAGGGCAGCCUCUUCAUGCCAGCAACAUCGAGCUGCUGGACAACUUUGGCUGCAAAGAGGUCAAUGCUGUUAACUGUAACACCAGCUGGAAGGUCGCCUUGUUCAUGAAGUUUAGCGACUAUAAGGAAGAUGUGCUAAAGGGGGGAGAUGUGGUGAGGCUGUUUCAUGCCGAGCAGGAGAAGUUCCUGACCUGUGACGAGUACAAAAACAUGCAGCACGUCUUUCUCAGGACGACGCUGCGGCAGUCUGCUACCUCGGCCACCAGCUCUAAGGCUCUCUGGGAAAUUGAGGUUGUGCACUAUGACCCCUGUAGAGGCGGAGCCGGACAGUGGAACAGUCUUUUCCGCUUCAAACACCUGGCGACUGGAAAUUACCUCGCAGCUGAGGUGAACCCCGUAUUCAAAGACAGCACGGUGGAGCCUCAAAAAGAGAAUGAGACAGAUAUCGUGUUCUCCAAGAAGAAGCAUCAAGCAGCAGAGAAGAUUGCUUUCACCCUGGUCUCUGUUCCCCAUGGGAAUGACAUUGCCUCUCUGUUUGAGCUGGAUGCCACCACUCUGCAGCGGGCCGACUGUCUCGUGCCCAGAAACUCCUAUGUGAGACUGAGGCACCUGUGCACCAACACCUGGGUGACGAGCACCAGUGUCCCCAUUGAUGCAGAGGAGGAGCGUCCAGUUAUGCUCAAGAUUGGCACCUGUCCCACUAAAGAGGACAAAGAGGCUUUUGCCAUCGUAUCUGUUCCCCUGUCGGAGGUCAGAGACUUGGACUUUGCCAACGAUGCCAGCAAGGUCCUGGAGUCCACUGUGAGAAAGCUUCAGUUUGGGAACAUCGCUCAGAAUGAGAGGAGGUUUGUGACUAAGCUCCUGGAGGACUUGGUUUUCUUUGUGUGUGUGGUACCAAACAACGGCCAGGAUGUUCUGUCUGUGGUCACCUCUACACCCAACAGAGAAAGGCAGAAGCUCAUGAGGGAACAGAACAUCCUUGCCCAGAUCUUUGGCAUCCUGGGUGCUCCGUUCACAGAUAAGGGUGAAGGCCCGUUGCUAAGGUUGGAGGAUUUGGGAGACCAGCGCUAUGCUCACUUCAAGUACAUGUUGAGACUUUGCUACAGGGUGCUACGCCACUCCCAACAGGACUAUCGCAAGAACCAGGAAUACAUAGCCAAGAAGUUCUCAAUCAUGCAGUCUCAGAUUGGGUAUGAGAUCCUGGCCGAGGAUACGAUCACUGCCCUGCUGCACAACAACCGCAAGCUUCUGGAAAAACACAUCACACACAAAGAGAUCGAGACCUUUGUGAAGCUGCUGAGGCGCAACAGAGAGCCCAGAUUCUUGGAUUAUCUCUCAGAUCUCUGUGUGUCCAACAAGACCGCCAUUCCUGUCACACAGGAGCUUAUCUGUAAAUUUAUGCUGAACCCCUCAAACGCGGAUAUCCUCAUCCAGACCAAACUAAUCCCUAACACCGAGACCACCCUGGAGUCGUCUCUGAUGCAGGAGGAGUUGGAGGAUGAGGAGGUUUGGCUCUACUGGAUCGACAGCCAUACGGAGCCUCAUGGCAAAUCCAUUCGCCACCUGGCCCAGGAUGCUAAGGGCAACCACAAGAUGGAUGUAGACAUCAUCACCUAUUACAGGGACCAGCUCAACCUGUUUGCUAAAAUGUGCCUGGACCGUCAGUACCUAGCCAUCAAUCAGAUCUCCAGUCAGCUACCCGUAGAUCUGAUCUUGCGCUGCAUGUUUGAUGACUGCCUGCCCUACAACCUCAGAGCCUCGUUCUGCCGACUCAUGCUGCAUAUGCAUGUGGACCGUGACCCACAGGAGGCUGUGGUGCCUGUGCGCUAUGCCCGCCUCUGGACUGAGAUCCCCUCCAAGAUCACCAUCAAUGAGUUUGAGUAUGAGUCCACAGACCCCUCAAGAGAAGAGAUGAAAAGGAAGUUUGCUCCCACUAUGGAGUUCGUUGAAGAAUACCUGAAGGAUGUGGUCACCCAGCCUUUUCCAUUUGGAGAUAAAGACAAGAAUGAACUCACACUAGAGGUGGUGAAUCUGGCUCGUAACCUGGUUUACUUUGGUUUCUAUAGCUUUAGUGAACUGCUGCGUCUCACACGCACUCUGCUGGCCAUCCUGGAUAUUGUACAACACCCACUCACCUUUAUGAACAAGCUCAACAAGAGCCCAGAGGCUGGCAACAAUGUCCUGCGUACGAUCCACGGAGUCGGGGAAAUGAUGACUCAGAUGGUGAUGAGUCGAGGUGUGCCACACAGCCUCCCCGACACCCCUCCCUCCCUGCGCUAUGGAAAGGGACACUUCAUGCCGGACAACGAGGAUGUCAUGGUGAUGGACACGAAGCUAAAGAUCAUUGAGAUCCUGCAAUUCAUCCUGAGUGUGAGGUUGGAUUAUAGGAUAACAUACCUGUUGUCCAUCUACAAGAAAGAGUUUGGGGACAAGAGUAUAAUUGACAACUCCACCUCUCUGGCGGAUAUACCCCCAAUGAUGCCUUCGGAACCAGACAUAGAUGAGAUUGCAACCAAAGCAGAGACCAUGUUUGCAGGGAGCUCAGAGUUAAGCGCAGUGGAGCUGGACGAUGAGGGUGGUCGGACGUUUUUGAGGGUUCUGAUCCACCUCAUCAUGCAAGAUUAUCCCCCACUGGUGUCUGGUUCACUGCAGCUCAUCUUCAAACACUUCAGCCAGAGAGCCGAGGUGCUGCAGGCCUUCAAACAGGUCCAGCUGCUAGUUUCAGAGCAGGACGUUAAAAGCUACAUGCAGAUCAAAGAAGACCUGGAUCAGCUGCGUUUGACUGUUGAGAAGUCAGAGCUGUGGGUGGAGAAGACUGGAGUCUACAGUGGUGAAGACCAGGGGGGCAGGCAGGACAAAGAACAGAACACAGAGGUGCUGUACCAACGUUUAAUGGAGGCUGCUCUGAGCCCAGUCCAGGAUGGAGACAAAAAACCUGAAAUUGACAGCAUGAAAGCAAACAACUAUAACAUUGUCAAGGAGAUCCUCAUACGGCUCAGUAGCCUGUGUUAUCACGGCAAGAAGAGUCGUGUCCAGCAGCAGAGGUUGCUGAAGAACAUGAGUGCCCAUACUGUGGUGCUGGACCUGCUGCAGAUCCCCUAUGAGAUGAGCGAUACGAAGAUGAAUGAGAUCAUGACCCUGGCACAUACGUUUCUUCAAAAUUUCUGCAGAGGAAACCCUCAAAACCAAGUUCUGCUACAUAAACACCUGAACCUCUUCCUCACUCCAGGGUUGCUGGAAGCUGAGACAAUGCGUCACAUCUUUAUGAACAACUACCAGCUGUGCAAUGAAAUCAGCGACCGUGUGGUCCAUCAUUUUGUCCACUGCAUUGAAACACACGGAAGACACGUUAAGUACCUCAAGUUCUUGGAAACCAUUGUGAAAGCUGAUGGGAAGUAUGUGAAGAAAUGUCAGGACAAAGUCAUGACGGAGUUGGUGAAUGGAGGCGAAGAUGUCCUGGUGUUCUACAACGACCGCUCCUCAUUCCCAGUGUUGCUGCAGAUGAUGGGCUCUGAGAAAGAGCGGAUGGAUGAAGAUGGAGCUCUUGCCUACCACAACACGCUGGUGGAGCUACUGGCUGCCUGCACCGAGGGCAAGAACGUCUACACUGAGCUGAAAUGCAACUCUCUGCUACCACUUGACGACAUCGUCAAAGUCGUCACUGAUAUCCACUGUAUACCGGAGGUAAAAACUGCUUAUGUGAACUUCGUGAAUCACUGCUACGUGGACACAGAGGUAGAAAUGAAGGAGAUCUACACCUCCAACCAUAUCUGGAAGCUCUUUGACAACUUUCUGGUGGACAUGUCCAGUGUGUGCAACUCUACCACGGACCGUAACCAUGCCGAUACUGCCCUGGAGAAGUAUGUGACAGAGACAGUGAUGGCCAUUGUCAAGGGUUUCUUCAGCUCGCCUUUCUCUGUCAACCACUCCAACCUGCAGACAAACCAGCCUGUCUUCAUCCAGCUGCUGCAGUCUGCUUUCAGGAUCUAUAACUGCACGUGGCUCAGCUCACCUCAGAAGGCUAAUAUUGAGAGCUGUAUCAAAACACUAGCUGACGUUGCUAAGGCACGGGCCAUAGCCAUCCCAGUAGACCUGGACAGUCAGGUCAACACUUUGUCUCUUAAGGUCCAUAGCACUAUGGUGCAGCGUGCAGCCAAGGAUUGGAGGAGCUCUGCCCGCUCACGACCACACAAGCAGCCCCUGGGUGGCCCUGACUACAAAAACAUCAUUGAGAAGCUGCAGGGGGUCGUGUCCCUUCUGGAGGAGCAGUUCAGUCCGAAGGUUCAGGCAGAGUUUUCUGUGUUGGUGGAUGUUCUUCACAGCCCCGAACUGUUGUUUCCGGAGGCUGCUCGAUUACGCUGCGAGAGCGGAGCCUUCAUGUCCAAACUGAUUAAACACACCAAGAAGCUCAUGGACAAAGAGGAGAAGCUGUGUAUCAAGAUACUGCAGACACUGCGAGAGAUGCUGGACAAGAAGGAAUGCUUUCAGGAGACUGGAAACGAGUUGAGAAAGAUUCUCCUCACACGCUACUUUGGAAAUCAAAAGCUCCUCUCCAAGUCAGAGCUUGGGAGUGGAAACAGCUCAUCUGGCGGCUUUGUCAAGCCGUCAUCGGGAGGAGGUUCUCCAAUGCAGGACUCUGACAAGCCAGGCAGCAGCAUGAUAGAGAUCCAGUGUCUCUUGGACAAUGUUGGGACAUCAGAGCUUGUGAUUGACCUCAUUGUUAACACCAAGAACGACAGAGUGUUUGAGGAGAGCAUCCAACUGGGCAUUGCCCUUCUCCAGGGUGGAAACACACAGAUACAGAAUUCCUUCUAUCACCAACUGCACAAGCAGAAGAAGUCUGAGAGGUUCUUCAAGGUUUUCUACGACCGCAUGCGUUUAGCCCAGCAAGAGAUCCGAUCCACAGUGUCCGUCAACAUGUUUGAGCUCAGCUGCAGAAAAAGGGAUGAUGACAGUGACGUCAGUAGCAUCAGGUUCAAGAAAGGGAAAGAGUCAGGGCUUCAUAUGAGAGAGGACAUGCGAGGGCAGCUGAAGGAGGCUUCCUCAGUCACCUCAAAGGCCUUCUGUGCCUUCAGAAAGGAGUUGGAUCCCGACCUCGAAGGCCUCGGCCAACACAGUGAGAUAAUUGGGGCCGAAGAGGCUUUAGAAGAAACUCAAAUGAGCCCAGCCAUCACCAUCAUGAAACCAAUCCUACGUUAUCUACAGCUGCUCUGUGAGAACCACAAUUCAGAUCUCCAGAACUUUCUGCGCAACCAGAACAACAAGACGAACUACAAUCUGGUGUGUGAGACUCUUCAGUUCUUGGACUGUAUUUGUGGAAGCACCACUGGAGGCCUCGGGCUGCUCGGACUUUAUAUAAAUGAGAGUAAUGUGGACCUGGUUCGCCAAACCCUGGAAACCAUCACAGAGUACUGUCAGGGCCCCUGCCAUGAAAACCAGACCUGCAUAGCCAAGCAUGAGUCAAAUGGCAUUGACAUUAUUAUAGCACUGAUCGUCAACUCCAUCAACCCACUGGGGAAACAUCGGCUGGACCUGGUACUGGAGCUUAAGAACAAUGCCUCCAAGCUCCUGUUGGCCAUCAUGGAGAGCCGCCAUGACAGCGAGAAUGCAGAGAAGAUUCUCUUCAAGAUGAGACCCACCGAACUGGUGGAUGUAAUGAAGGAGGCCUAUGCCCAGGGUUUGGAGAGUGAGGAGGAUGAGGACAGCGUUGGAGACAAGAUCAAGCCUAGAGACGUUGGACACAACAUUUACAUUCUGGCUCACCAGCUGGCCCGACACAGUAAGAUCCUGCAGCAGAGCUUGAAGCCAGGCUCGGUAUCAGGGUUUGACCCCGACCAUGAGAAGGACGACGCCCUCCAUUACUAUGCCAAUCACACAGCUCAGAUAGAGAUUGUGCGUCACGAUCGCACUAUGGAGCAGAUAGUGUUUCCAGUGCCCAACAUCUGCGAGUACCUCACAGAAGAGUCCAAGGUGCGUGUGUUCACCACCACUGAGAGAGACGACCAGGGCAGCAAGGUUAACGACUUCUUCCAGCAGUUUGACAACCUCUACAAUGAGAUGAGGUGGCAGAAGAAGAUCCGCAAAAAUAAGGCUCUGUUCUGGUUCUCACGUCACAUCUCUCUUUGGGGAAGCAUCUCCUUCUACCUGGCCUGUUUGGUCAACAUCGCUGUAGCUGUAUUCUACCCCUUUGGUGAUGACGGAGACGAGGGCACCUUGUCCCCAUUCUGGAAUAUCUCACUGUGGGUGGCAUUGGGGGUGUUCACCGCAUUACUUCCUGUCUUACCUAAACCGUGGGGCAUCCUGUUCUUUCUGGUCUCCCUCAUUCUACGUGCCAUUUACACUAUGGGCCUCGGCCCUGCUCUGUUGUUGCUGGGUACUGUCAAUCUCUUCAACAAAUUAGUCUUCCUUGUAAGUUUUGUGGGCAACCAGGGGACGUUCACUCGAGGCUACAAAGCAGUUGUUAUGGACAUGCUCUUUAUCUACCAUUUGGGCUAUGCCAUCAUCUGCGUCCUGGGCCUCUUUGUGCAUGAGUUUUUCUACAGUUUUCUGUUGUUCGACUUGGUGAUUCGAGAGGAGACGUUGCUCAACGUGAUAAAGAGUGUGACCAGGAAUGGCCGCUCUAUUAUCUUGACAGCCGUGUUGGCUAUCUUUCUCGUGUACUUCUUCUCUAUCAUCGGCUUCCUCUUUUUAAAGGACGACUUCCGCAUGGAGGUGGACCGCCUUCCUGCACCAGGAAAAGGAGAUUUGUUGAGUAACAAAGGAGUUCCUGGCACAUGCAUGAAAGAUAGCUGCCCUGUUUCAACUCCAAUUCCUGAUGAGAAGGAUGGGACAGAGCGGGUAUGCGACACUUUGCUCAUGUGUAUAAUCACAGUGUUGAACCAAGGACUACGUAAUGGAGGAGGUGUGGGAGAUAUUCUCAGGAGACCCUCCAAGGAGGAGCCUCUGUUUGCGGCCCGGGUGGUUUACGACCUCCUGUUCUUCUUCGUCGUCAUCAUCAUCGUUCUUAACCUCAUCUUUGGUGUCAUCAUCGACACCUUUGCUGACUUGAGAAGUGAGAAACAAAGGAAGGAGGAGAUCCUGAAAACCACCUGUUUUAUUUGUGGCUUGGAGAGGGAUAAAUUUGACAACAAGACGGUGUCCUUUGAGGAGCAUAUCAAAUCAGAGCACAGCAUGUGGCACUACCUUUACUUCCUGGUCCUGGUGAGGGUGAAGGAUCCAACGGAGUACACCGGACCUGAGAGUUACGUGGCCCAGAUGAUUGCGGAGAAGAACUUGGAGUGGUUCCCCCGUAUGAGAGCCAUGUCUCUGGUGAGCAGUGAGGGAGACAACGAGCAGAAUGAGAUGCGCUGUCUGCAGGAGAAACUGGACAGCACUGUCACUCUGGUGGCUCAGCUGUCUGGCCAGCUGGCUGAGCUCAAGGAACAGAUGACAGAACAGAGGAAGAACAAGCAGAGGCUUGGAUUCCUGGGUCCUCCUCAGCCCAACCAUCACAUCCCAGCCCACUGAGGGGCUUGAGCCUCAAUUAGGACACAGUGAUGGGCCACUCGACUGCAGGAGAAACCAGAUAGAAAUGCAGACACACAAACUCCAGCCUUAAGAACAAUAUAUGCAUUCUGUGUAUGCCUACAAUUACUGAAGUCAAAAGGGCCAGCAAGUGUUGACACAUCAUAUUUGACAUAGUGCCUUAUUUAUGACACAAUCACUGCCUGAUGGGAGACAAACUGUGCCCAUUCAGCCGCUCGGAGCAUUUCUUCACUGCCUGUCUAUACACACCCUCUGUGAAUGAUUGACCAUGCACGGCACACAUCUGCCAGUGUAGUGUUAGUGUGCCAGACAGAUCGAGGGUAAUGUUAAAGUAAGGUUAAUGGUUAAAUGCUGUCAAGUCUGAGGACGGCCUUCGUUCUUCAACUAUUUCAGUGCUGGUGUGCCCGAGAGCAAACUGACUGGGUGCACAGAGGUCAGUGAUUGGCGGUGAACAGAAAAGUGUUUUUUUUUUCUUGCAUCACUGAUUGGUCUCCAGGGGAAGAACAUUAAGUAUUCUUCCCUUUCCCUUUUAGAUUUCUGAUGGUAUUUAUGAGAACAAUUACGGUUCAUAACUGGAGUAUUAUUUUUGCAUGUUGGAGAAGGAAUCAUGCUGCCUUUACUCAUUAACUUUUAUAAACAGUACAUUGCGAUUGCUGAAAGUGCACUUUUAAAAGGAAAGAGGGUAAAAAAUUAAGCCUGUAACUGAAAACAUUGGUUCGUUUUGGGGUAUUGUUUUUGCAUGCUUUGUGCUUAAAAAUGCAUUCACUGCAGCAUUUCAGUUUCCUUUUUACAGAUUUACAGAGCAUAUAAGUAACAGAAAUGUGAAUAAGAAUAAUGAUAACCUGUGCAGAACUUACUUGAAAUUUCUUUUAAGUCUAAAUCUUAUAUUGGUACAUAAUGUAGUACUGACUGGAGAUGGUUGGCUUACAGUUCUUUGUUACAAUAUGAACAUUCUCAUGUCUAAGAGAUGUCAGCUAAUAUGUAAUAUUUACUGUAUCUGCUCUUAUCAUCUUCAUGUUCUACUGUUUCUUAAAGUUUCAUUUUUUAGUGUAAAUCAGUCUCAUUAGUCUCUCUUGGACUGCAAUUGAUUAAGUCUCAACUUGUGUUUUAAACUUGCACAGCCUAAUGGAAGAUGAUUGCAUGCAUUUGGCGAUGGCUACUGUCCUUUGACACUUUCUGUUAAAACAGUGUAUAGAAGAAUAUGUUUUAUGUGGUCGGAUGUUGUAAUAAAUGUGUACUAAAUAAGA